GACGGCGCUGCGCAGGCGAGCGGGAAGCGGAGGGUGGCGCUGGGAUUCUCCUGACCGGCGGCUCGGGAGGUGCAAGAACAUGGGAGCUCAGCUGAGCGGUGGCCAGGGCGCCGCGCAGCCGGUGCAGCCCGCGCAGCCCGCGCAGCCCCAGCCCCAACCCCAACCUCAGCCCCAACCCCAACCUCAGGCCCAUCCCCAACCCCAGCCCGCGGCGCCCGAGGGCCCUGGGCGGCCCUGGCCAGAGCCCGGCCCCUGGGGGCCGCUGGACGACGUGCGCUUCCUUAUCGUCUGCACCUCCUGGUACUGACUCGUCGCCCUCCGCACUUACCGCCCGCCGCCUCCUGUCAUCCCGUACGCCUCUUCUGCUCGGGUCCUUGUCGUCUCACCCCACCUUCCGCCGCCCCGGAGACGCGCGGAGAGUCGGGGAGCUCGCUGGGGACUGGAAGGAAGCCUCCUCCGCAGCCUCGCCUUGGGUCACCGUCUUGCCUCUGGCCCCUCCCGCUACCCCAGAUUCGUUGGCUUCUCAGCCUGCACCCAGACCAGCUCAGACCUUCAUGUUCAUCCCCACCCCACAGUUUCUCCAGCCGUCUGGGUGCUGGGGCAGCCUUCCCUGUCACUGGCUUCCAGAACCAGGCCAGGGCUCUUGGUAAGAAGACCCCAAGGCUGCUGACCUAAUCUCACCUCAUCUUUCCCUGUUGCCAAGAACUGGGCUCUUGCUUUUGUCCUUGGUCAUGGCACCAUGUGCCUUGACUUCAGAAAAGACCUUGCCACAGUGAACCUGCCCAUACCUCUCCUGGGAGGGGUUGCUCCGCCAUCCUGGGUGCCACCCUGGCAUUAUCUGGCUGUUUGCCUGAGACCCCAGUAACAGAGGGCCUCCAGGGCCAGCCUUUUGGAGAGAGGGGGCAUCUGAUUUUGGGACUGGCAGAUGAGAUGCAUGGGGCGGCUCGCAGACACCCCAAAGCACCCUGUCUCCCAGAAGCUUCUUAAGGCCACCCAGAACCUGAUCCUUGUUCCCACAUCCCAGGGAAAUGACACACUCUGUAUAUUUUUGUUUUAUUUAGAAAUGAUUUAAAAAACAUUAUACAAAGGCUGAUCAGUUUAAAAUGUGACUGACACUGAAAUGCUGUGAUGUUCCCCAGACUGAGGGGAAGCUGGGCUCUGGGACCCCCAGUGCUUUGCCCCUCUGUCUGCCCUGUCCUGGGAUGGUGGACAAACGGAUGACCACAAGGCAGGAGAAUCCAUGAUUGGAAGCCUCCAGGCUGAGCCCUCUCUGGACCUGGCCCUGCAUCCCUCACAUCUGCAGCCUGGGCUGCCUGCCUCCAUCUCCUGCUCUUUCUCAGCUGACCUCAGUAGUACCAGGAGCCAGUGGGGAGCCUGGGGGGCCUAGAGCUUUCAAGAAGUGAGAGCACCAACCUGAGGAGUGGAGAGGGACCCGGAAGGGGAGAAGGGAGGCCAAGAAAAGAUGGAUAAAAGAGACACUUCUGAUCUCAUCUUGGACCCUAGAGGGGUCUAGCAAGCCCACUGGAUGGCCUGGGCAAGUAACAGCCUCUCUGUGCUUGGAGGGCACAGUGAGAGUUACCCUUGGCCUCCCAGGGACUGCAUGAGUUACAUGUGAGCAGACAGGGGUGAGCUAAUAA